AUGGCCCUCGAAGCAGAAACCGAUAAGCCCAUCGCAGCUGGCGAUGCACCCAUCGACCACGACCACGAAGCAGGCUCACUAAAAAGCAUCCACGAAGAAGGUGAACUCGAGGGACUAGGCUACAAACAAGAGCUCCGCCGCAACCGCUCCGUCGCAACCCUCCUCUUCCAAUCCCUCGCCAUCGCCGCAAUCCCCUACGGCGAAGGCAGCGCCCUUCUCAGCGCAGUCUACGGCGGUGGCCCUCUAUCAAUCUUCGUCGGUUGGAUAAUAGUCUGCUUCCUAGACCAAUGCAUAGCAAUGUCCCUCGCCGAGCUCGCAUCCCGAUAUCCCACCUCCGCCGGACCCUACUACUGGUCCUUCCAACUGGCAAAGUCCAACAAGACAACCGUCUCCUUCAUCAACGCCUGGAUAUGGGUCAUUGGAAACUGGACCAUCACGCUAUCCGUGAAUUUUGGCUUCGCCUCUAUGCUUUCCGCCGCGAUAUCAAUGUAUCACCCGGACUGGAGCGCCAAUAGCUGGCAGCUCCUGCUAAUCUUCUACGCCGUCUGUCUCGGUUCGCUGGUAAUUUGCACUUUUGCAAAUCGCUUCCUGCCACAAGUUGAUACAGCCUGCGCAGCCUGGACAGCCAUAACCAUCGUCGUGAUUCUCAUCGCCGCCUCUGUAAAAGCAGGCGCUGGCCGCCACUCCGCUUCCUACGCGCUGGCCCAUUAUGACAAGUCCUUCGCAGGCUGGGGAGGAUUCACCCUAUUCAUCGGCCUCUUGCCAGCAGCUUAUACAUUCUCCGCCAUCGGAAUGGUCUCAUCAAUGGCAGAAGAAUGUCCCCAACCAGCAGUGAAAGUACCCCGAGCAAUCGCACUCGCCGUACCCGUCGGCUUCAUCGCAGGCUUAUUCUUCAUCAUCCCAAUCUGCGUAACCCUCCCACCACUGGAAGAUAUCAUAAACGCCCCCGGCGGCCAAGCCCUCCCCUACAUUCUGCACAGAGUAAUGGGAUCACCUGGCGGCGGACUAGGCCUCGUCUUCCUAGUCCUAAUAAUAACCCUCUUCUGCUCGAUAAGUAUAACCGUCGCAGCGUCGCGCUCAACCUGGGCCGUUGCCCGCGACAACGCACUACCCCUAGCAAAAGUCUGGGCAACCGUCCACCCAACUCUCGGUGUUCCAGUCUGGUCUCUAGUCCUAUUGACAAUCAUCCAGAUGUUGCUGGGCCUAAUCAAUCUCGGCAGCACGAGUGCGUUUACGGCAUUUGUUUCUGUAGGUGUUAUUGCGUUGGCGAUGGCUUAUGCGAUUCCAAUCUCGUUGAGUCUUUUCCACGGUCGUGCGGAAGUUAAGCAUGCUAAAUGGAAUUGUGGGCAUUUCGUGGGGACAAUUGUUAAUGUACUCGCGUUGGCUUGGAUUGCGUUUGAAUUGGUGCUUUUUAGUAUGCCGACUGCGUUGCCGGUUACUAGGGUUUCGAUGAAUUAUGCCUCCGUCGUCUUUGUUGGGUUUAUGGCUAUUUCCGCCGUUUGGUAUCUCGUUUAUGCGAGAAAACACUACAAGGGUCCUCCAGAGUCGGAUGCAUUGGAUGUAGAGUGA